AUGGUCCGGGAGUGUACUAAGAAAGUUGGAAAAGGUAUCAUUUAUGUUGAUGUCCCCCCUGUAGUAAAUAAAUUUGUUGAAGAUUUUGCAAAUGCUAUUGGAUAUUCAUUCGAUAAGCAUUAUGACUUUAUUGAAUUAUUUAGGCGGAAGUUUCUAGGAACUAAAAAGUCUGAUGUCUUCGAAAGAGGAGCUAAAAAUUACAAGGCAAAGAAUGGUGGCAAACAACCAGUGUUAAUCCUCGACAACAUAAGUAAGAUAGGCCAGGAAGAUGUGAACUUGUUGAAGGAUUUAGAUCUAAUUGACGAAGAGGUAUUCACCUACAUUCACAAAAAACUUUACAUUGAGGAAAAGGUCACCAAUCAACUCAUCAAACUCUUAGAUGGCUGGAUUAAUAAGCUUAAGGAUUAUGGUAAUAAGAUAAAUGAAGGCUAUAAUUUUGAAGUUGAGAGAGCAUUUACUAUCUAG